GCAUUAUUUGGAGUACCCGCUGGUACCACGGGCUCUUCAUCCUCCUCGUGUCUUUAUCUGUUGGUGACCCACAAAUCGGGACAUGGAUCGAAAAUGGAAACGCAAACCUGUGAUUGUCAUUUUGAGAUACGUCAUCACGCUCAGCUUUUGUACAUUUGCUUCUGCUCAAAGGCUCUGCACAGUGCCUGCUGGGCCUGUUCCUGUUCCAGAGAACAGCACUGCUGACCUCCAGGUGGUAAAAAUAAGCUCCGGUAGUGAUGUAACACUGACUGUUGUGAGGAAUCCUGAAGAAAUGUUUUACCUGAAAGGCAAAGCCCUGAUGGUGAAGAAAGAACUGGACUAUGAGGCUUUACCCAACAGAGCAGCUCUGGUGGUGUGGGUACAAUGCAGCAGACCAGGCUCCAAAUCUGUCAAUGAGUCUGUCGAAGUAUUGGUGGAAAAUAUAAACGACAACCCCCCAAACUUUGCUCAGAAUAGCUACAUUCUGGAAGUAAAUGAGCUGACUCCUGUCAAUUCCAGUGUUGGACUGAUUGAAGCCACUGAUGCUGAUUCUGAACCACUAUUUUAUCGCUUAGAGUCCGCCAUGGAUAAAUAUUUCCGUCUGGAGAACAUCAACACUCCAAAAUUACUUGUUAAAAGUGUGAUGGACUACGAUGUUGUUCAGAAAAUCUCACUGGUGUUACACGUACAGGACACGUUCAAUGGUUCAGCCUCCAAUGAGCCCUUCUUCACCUCCGUGGCCACCAUCACGGUGCAUAUAAAGGACGUAGAUAACCGGCCGCCCUGGUUUCAGCCUUGUUUGAGGACUAAUUUAGGGCUUGCCAAGCUGUGUGUGAGCGCUGGUUACAGAGGCAAAGUCAAUCUAACGGAGAAGGAGGAAGGCCCGCUGACACUGGAACCCGGACCGGUUUUUGCAAAAGAUGGAGACAAGAAUAGAAGUGAACAGAUCAGCUACCGGAUUUUAAGAGGGAAUGAAGGAAAUCUAUUCCAGAUAGAUGAGGACACAGGGAAUAUCAGCAUGACUAAAGCUGCCGAUAUUGUGGGCCCAAUAACGCUCAUUGUUCUGGCAUCACAAGUGACCAACCGGGAUCAGUUUGCUGUGACGCAGGUGACCUUUGAUGUGACGAAGAAGAGCAGAAACCCUCCUCACUUUGAGAAGGAGCGUUACGAGGGCUUUAUCUACAGCAACUCCAUACCUGAGAGCAUGAUCCUCAGGGACCGCAGUAGCAACAGACCCUUUAGAGUCCGAGCGCGAGAUGAGGACUUUGCCGGUGGUGUGAAUCCGGAUGUCAAAUAUGAGGUGCAGUACAGCAGUUACGUCAACGUGACCUCAGAUGGUUUUGUGAUUCUGAAGAGAGUCGUCAAGACGGAGUCAUUUGCUCUCCAGCUUCGAGCAGUGGACACAACAACAGGAGAAUUUGGUACAGCUGCCCUCUCUGUUCAGGUCAUACCGGCCGAUGCUAUGCCGUCCCCUUCGAAUGUUGGCUACCGUGCGGGUGACAUGGCACUCCUCGGGCUGGUUAUGGCGGCUUUGCUGGUCCUCUGCCUCAUUGUGAUUGGCUUCUUGAUUUCUCGCCUACGGAAGGGCAACUCCAGCUUGGACAAAUUAUGUGAGUGCUUGGUCUGUCUGAAGUCUGAGCAGCCAAAUAGGGGCCGCAGAGACUCCCUGCAGUACACCAAUGACGGCUUCCAGAACGAGGCCGACGCAAGCCGUGGCCGAUGGAAGAACGCCAUUCCCAGACGGAGCACCUUCCCCGGGGGGCGAGUCAUACCCCUGGGGAGACGCAACCGCCACUGUUCCUCCUGCGGCGUCUUUACUAACCACGCCCCCAAAGGGAGUCCCUCGGUAAGACCCUCCAGGAGAGGCAGAGGAGAUGGAGAUGAUUACAGCUCAAGGUCCACCUUGGCCAAGCAGAGGAGGAAGGAAGGGCAGAAGACCGUGUGGUUCAAGGAGAUCGAGGACUCCUCAGAUAUUGAGGUGGAGAUUAUCCCGGACACCGUGGGGCGAGUAGAGGAGGAGACGCAGGAGGAGCUGGAAGGGGAGUUGCUGAUGGAGGCAGUCGUCAAAGACCCUGCUGCCCCACGCACAGAAUCCGAUGAUGGGCGGGAAAGCCACAGCGCAGAGCCCAGAGCUGAACAGGACAAUGGUAGUACUACUACCACGGAAAAGGAGAAGGAAGUGCAGGAAGGGCUCGAUAAGCCAGAUGGCUGACAGGGCAUUUAGCUCGAGUCAGUGUCACUUUUGGAUACUUCCGUCAGCCAAGGUCUGAACAGUCCAGUCCACAAAGACUCAACCUUUAACUAAAGAUCCAAAAGUAUGGAUUUACUACUGUGAGUUUCUUUGAAUUUUGUUCACACACACACACACACACACACACACACACACACACACACAC